AUGCUACGUGAGUGCGCCUUCGCACCCUUCACCCCUUCUUUCCAACCACCUGACCCCCAUUUCCGUCUUUUUCAAUCCCCCCAAACCAAAGUCCGUUUCAUGCGCGUCGACACCCUCCACGCCGCCGGCGCCGCCGCCCGAGUCCCUUCCAGAAUCAAAGGUAGUUCCGAAACGGGUGAUACCGUUUUAGGCGUGACAACACCCGAAGGGGAAACCUUGACGGACGUCGUACCUUCGGAUCCCGAUUCACCUUUAUUGGAUCGACCGAUGGGGGGAGGUGGGGCGGACGGGAAAGUUGUAGGAGGUUCAGCGGAGUUGGGAGGGGUGAAGGAGGAAGGGUCGACGACGAUGGGGAAGGCGGGAAUGGGUGAUGGGAUCGGUGGACUCGUCGCGGGAGCUGGAGUGACAGUACCGCUGUUGACGGAGAAACAACAUGAAGCCCUUUAUGGACCCCGCAGGACAUUAUUCCUCGUCGUUGUGCUCGUUGUAGGAGGGUUGGGCAUGUGGGCAUGGUUGAAGUGGAGGAGGAAGAGGAGGGUCGCGAGAAGGGCGGGAAAGGGCAAAGGGAGGGAAAGGGAAAGGGAGGGGGAUUAUGUGAGGUUGGGAGAGAGAAAGGGGAGCAUUCGAUUGGGAGAGGAGGAGGAACGGGUAGGCUUUGGCUUUGGGGGACCCAGUCGGGCCGGCGGUGGUGCAGGUACGGGCGCGGGGUUGGCGGUUGAUACGAGACAGGUGUUUGAUAUUGGGGAGGAUGAUGACGAGGAAGAAGAGGGAGAGGAUGAGGAUGAGGAUGAGGAAACGUUGGGUGAUUUAGGAGCGAGUCCGGGGGGGAGGAGAAGAGGGAGCGACUGA